AUGAUUGCGAAAUCGCUUGGACUUCCGUGGACAUUCUACAGUACCGAGUGCAGCACUGUCGAAGAAGUUGCAGCACUCGCACGAAAGCCGUCCACUGCUGGUCUUGUUGUGACCAUGCCAUACAAAAACACUGUAAUGCCACUUCUCGAUGAAUUAGACGACAUCGCGACGACCAUCGGAGCUUGCAACAACACUUACCGCCGAGACGAUAAAAUUGUCGGGACGAAUACAGACUGGCGCGGUAUCAAGGGAUGUUUGCUUGAGAAAGGAGAGGAGAGCUCUCGGCCAAGUCCUAGCCGCACAGCGCCAGCUUUGAUUGUUGGUGCCGGAGGCGCUAGCCGCGCCGCAGCGUAUGCCCUCAGCAGUCAUCUCAGUUGUCCCACGAUAUACGUGUUGAAUCGCGAUGAUGCCGAGGUAGAAGCACUCGUGGCCGAUACGCAGAAAGUGAUCCCCACUCCCAAGGUCAUCCACGUCAAGUCCUUGGAGCAAGCUUCAAGCCUGGAUACGCCGUACUAUGUUGUCGGCACAGUCCCAGACUUUGAACCACAAACGGAUGCCGAAAAAAAUGUCGCAGCCAUCCUGAAGAAUUUUAUCUCACGCAACACGAAGGGCGUUUUACUGGAUAUGUGCUUCAAACCUCGACGUACCAGAAUGAUUAAGCUUGCGGAAGAACUAGGGUGGCCGACUGUAGAGGGGACUCACGUCAUUGGGUAUCAGAUCCAAGAGCAAUGGAGGCUAUGGGCUGGAGAGGAGCGAGCUUCUCGUGUUAAUGAAGAUGCAGCUUGGAAAACUCUUCUGGAUGCAGCAGAAGAAAGCAAGGCUAUAAAUUUCUAA